GCGAGCAGGGCGGGCGGGCUCCGAGGGCACCGGCCCGGGGAGGGCGGCCGAGGCGCAAAGGGAGCCGGGCAGCCCCGGCGCUGCAGCGGGCGGCGUCGAGCCGGCGGCCCCUGCCCUGCCCGCGCUCUCGCACCGGCUCUCCGCGCCCAGGGCGCACGGCGGGGAGGGUCGCGGUGCCCGGCGCGCGGCCGCCAUGGACCCGCUUCCCUCCACCGACGCCGCGCUGCAGCCCGCGCUCCUCGCCAACGCGUCGGACGCCUUCCCCAGCGCCUUCCCCAGCGCCGGCUCCAAUGCGUCGGGGCCGCAGGGCGCACGGAGCGCCUCGUCCCUCGCCCUGGCCAUCGCCAUCACCGCGCUCUACUCGGCGGUGUGUGCCGUGGGGCUGCUGGGCAACGUGCUGGUCAUGUUCGGCAUCGUCCGGUACACUAAGAUGAAGACAGCCACCAAUAUCUACAUCUUCAAUCUGGCCCUGGCCGAUGCAUUAGCCACCAGCACGCUCCCUUUCCAAAGUGCCAAGUACCUGAUGCAGACAUGGCCUUUCGGGGAAUUUCUCUGCAAGGCUGUGCUCUCCAUUGACUACUACAAUAUGUUCACCAGCAUCUUCACACUCACCAUGAUGAGUGUUGACCGCUACAUUGCUGUCUGCCAUCCAGUCAAGGCCCUGGACUUCCGCACCCCUGCCAAGGCCAAACUGAUCAACAUCUGCAUCUGGGUCCUGGCCUCUGGGGUUGGCGUACCCAUCAUGGUCAUGGCUGUGACCCGACACCGGGACGGCGCUGUGGUGUGCAUGCUCCAGUUCCCCAGCCCCAGCUGGUACUGGGACACGGUCACCAAGAUCUGCGUGUUCCUCUUCGCCUUCGUGGUGCCCAUCCUCAUCAUCAGCGUGUGCUACGGCCUCAUGCUGCUGCGCCUGCGCACCGUGCGCCUGCUGUCGGGCUCCAAGGAGAAGGACCGCAGCCUGCGGCGCAUCACGCGCAUGGUGCUGGUGGUCGUGGGCGCCUUCGUGGUGUGCUGGGCACCCAUCCACAUCUUCGUCAUCGUCUGGACCCUGGUGGACAUUGACCGCCGCGACCCGUUCGUGGUGGCCGCGCUGCACCUGUGCAUUGCGCUCGGCUACGCCAACAGCAGCCUCAACCCCGUGCUCUACGCCUUCCUCGACGAGAACUUCAAGCGCUGCUUCCGCCAGCUCUGCCGCCGGCCCUGCGGUCGCGCGCAACCCGGCAGCUUCAGCCGCGCGCGCGAAACCACAGCCCGGGAGCGCGUCACCGCCUGCAGCCCAUCCGAAGGCCCCGGCGGCGGCGCGGCCGCCUGAGCGCGCACGGCAGCGGGGUCCGGGAGCCCGGGGCCGCGGACGGGGCG